GCAAUACGCCGGCGAGCUGCAGUCUUUGAGAAGCGCGCGCAUUUGAAGGUUUAGCAGACGGCUAGUGUCGAAGCGAGCGAGCGUUUACCUAUAAGAACGGACGGUGCGUCGGUCGGUCGUACGUUAGAAAAAAGUGCACAACAAAAAUUUUGUGAAAAUCUAAUGCGCAAACGGAUAUCAGUGUUGAAAAUAAGCAGAAAUUAGAAAUUAUAGCAAAUAACCUCAAGUAGAAGCCUAAGGCGACGGCGAGCCAGCAACCAAGCAAACGAAUUGUGCAAUAAAUAAUUACAGUUAUGAAUUAGUUAAUAAAAAACGACCGUUUAGUGUGUGUGGCUAAGGCUUCGCUGAUGAUUUAAAACAAAAGUGUUUGGGAUCCAAGAACCAAGCUACGAAAUUUGUCUAUGAACAUUGUGUGAUAUUGAAGCCGCUGUCUAGCUUUAAUGGUGUUACAACAACAAUUGUUGCUGAGCAAAUUCUUACGGUCAAAUAGUAAAUAAGCGUGCUCCCAUGGUUAUGGCCGUGAUUCUAUUGAUCGCAAUCGCUGUACUUUUGGCCUUCUACUGCAACUUUCUUUUGGGCAAGGGAGCAACCGUCUACAUAAAGCCGCUGCUGACACGCUAUCUCAGUAGCAAUGGUGGACUAGCCGCUGCCGACGCCCGGCUGUUCAGGCCAGAGGAUGAGGUCAUGGAAAUACCACGACCACGCGGCGUCUGGGACAUACCUGGGCCGGUGCCAAUACCUUUUCUCGGCACGAAAUGGGUAUUCUUCGUGUUCUUUCGCAAGUACAAAAUGUCGUUGAUGCAUGAGAUGUACGCGGACUGGCAUCGCAAAUACGGUGAAAUCGCUUUAGAAGUGCUGACUUCUGGCCUGCCGAUUGUGCAUUUAUUCAAUAGGGAUGAUCUGGAAAAGGUGCUGAAAUAUCCCAGCCGUUACCCCUUUCGGCCGCCCACUGACAUUGUCGUGACGUAUCGGCUAUCGCGACCAGAUCGCUAUUCCAGUUUGGGCAUCGUCAAUGAGCAAGGCCCCACCUGGCAGAAGCUACGCGCCUCACUCACCUCUUACAUCACCUCGCCACGCAUACUGUACAACUUCCUGCCCGCCCUGAAUGUAGUUUGCGACGAUUUCAUCGAACUUUUGCGCCAACAACGCGAUCCCAACACACUCGAGGUACACAACUUUGAGGACAUCGCCAAUUUGAUGGGCUUGGAAGCCGUGUGCACGCUUAUGUUGGGUCGUCGUAUGGGUUUUCUGGACAAGACUGCUCAGCAACCGGAAAGCAUACGACAACUUGCGAGUGCAGUGAAGCAACUUUUCAUCUCACAACGGGAUUCCUACUAUGGCUUGGGUUUAUGGAAGUAUUUGCCGACGAAAACUUACAGAGAGUUCGUGCGUGCCGAGGAACUUAUCUACGAUGUUAUUUCCGAGAUGGUUGACAUGGCACUGAAAGAGGACUACCUCACCUCGGCGAGCGAUGAGAGUGAGGCGGCUUUGCGCAGCAUAUUCUUGAAUAUACUGGAACUAAAGGAUCUUGAUAUACGUGAUAAGAAAUCGGCGAUUGUCGACUUUAUAGCGGCGGGCAUUGAAACGCUCGCCAACACAGUGCUCUUCGUGCUCAGCUCGGUGACCAACGAUGAGAAGGUGAUUGCUGGCAUAUUGGCCGACUUUUGUGAAUACCGUAAGACGACUAUCACGAAAGAGGCAAUCGCCAAGGCGAACUACACCAAAGCUUGUGUACAGGAAUCGUAUCGCAUUAGGCCGACGGCCUUCUGUUUGGCGCGCAUACUCGAGGAGAAUAUGCAGUUGUCGGGCUAUCAGCUCAAAGCCGGCACGGUUGUGCUUUGUCAGAAUAUGAUUGCCUGCAACAACGACGCCAAUUUUCCUAAUGCCAAAGAAUAUCGACCCGAGCGUUGGCUGGAUGAGAAGGGUCAAUUUACGGUAAAUUUGCCGAAUGCAUGUAUUGUCGUGCCAUUUGGCAUCGGAAGGCGUACCUGCCCGGGCAAGCGGUUUGUAGAAAUGGAAGUGAUGCUGUUAUUGGCUAAGCUGCUGCUCGCCUUCGAAAUCAAAUUCAAAGAGCCGUUGAAAACGGAAUUUGAGUUUUUGCUAGCGCCUAAAACGCCACUAACAUUAAUAAUGACAGAUCGCGUCUACUGAACGAACGCGCUGGACACACGAACACAUUCACAUGCAAAACGCGCUGCUACGAUCGUGCUAUGGCGUGCCAAACCGACAAACACGCAGCUUUUGUGAAAUAUUUGUAAAUUAUUAUUUUUUGAACGAAAGCAAAACUCUAUAAGAAAUAUUUUUAGUAAUUUAAUAAAACACAAUGACGAAGGUUGUGUGAGCAUUUUUGCGUAACGAAAGACUAUCUUAAUUUUAAAUUGUAUUUAUAAACUUAACGAGGAAAUGUUGCAAUAUUUACCCAAAAAUUAAUAAAAAAUAUAUAUAAGUUAAAAAAAUAUGUAAAUGUGUAUAUAAAAACUUAUGUGUAUAUAGUUAUUGUAAAAU